AUGGAGUCCACAAAGAUCUGUUUCUGUAUUCCUCGCCAUAAAAAUGGCCACAAAGCUAAUGGCGGAUCAGAGAAAUCUUCCAAAUCAAAGCCUUCCCGCCGCAAAUCUCGUCGAGGUGAAAAAGGAGGUAAGCAUUCCUCUAGUAGUGAUAGUAGUGGAGAUGGCAACACAAACACAGGUGCUGCUGCAGGUGGAGGCAGUGAUGCCGCCGUGGCUGCUGUCGUUGUGAUGGGUACGACAGCGGCAACCAUGGAUGCCGUUGAGGAUGACGGUGGCAGUGCCCAUGGCCACGGCGGUGGUGGUGAGGGAGGUGGCGGAGAUUGA